AUGGCGGCCAGGUCCUCUGUGCUGGAAGUGGAGCUCACCUGUCCUGUGUGCUACGAAAUCUACAGGGAUCCUGUGGUCCUGAAGUGUAGCCACAGCUUCUGUAAAGUCUGUCUGCAGCAGUACUGGGGAGAGGAGAGCUCUCGGAAAUGUCCAGUUUGCAGGAGAAGGUCUUCAAUGGAUGAUCCUCCUCUCAGUCUGGCCCUGAAGAACGCAUGUGAGGCUUUCUUACAGGACAGAGCCCAGAGAUCUGCAGUAGCUUCUGAAGCUCUCUGCCUUCUGCACAAUGAGAAACUCAAGCUCUUCUGUCUGGACGAUCAGACACCUGUGUGCGUCGUCUGUCAGACCUCAGUGAAUCAUGAAAAUCACAAACUGCGACCCAUACAGGAAGCUGCAGAGAAGCACAAGGAGGAUCUUAAGUCUGCACUGAAACCUCUGCAGGAGAAGCUGGAAGCUUGGAAUGAAGUACAACAGACCUGGAACCAAACAGCAGAACACAUCAGGACACAAGCCCAGAACACAGAGAGACUGAUAAAGGGGGAGUUUGAGAAACUUCACCAGUUCCUAAAGGAUGAAGAGGCGGCCAGGAUAUCUGCACUGAGGGAGGAAGAGGAGCAGAAGAGCAACAUGAUGAAGAAGAAGAUUGAGAAGAUCACAGAAAAGAUAUCAUCCCUCUCAGAAACCAUCAGAGCCUUAGAACAGGAGCUGGGAGCUGAAGACGUCUCAUUCCUACUGAAUUAUAAGAAAACACAGAGAAAAGCCCUGUGCCCAGUGUGGGAUCCAGAGGAGGUCAAAGGAGCCCUGAUUGAUGUGGCCAAACACCUGGGCAACCUGAGCUACAGGGUGUGGGAGAAGAUGCUGGAGAAGAAAGAGAUUAAAUACACUCCUGUGAUUCUGGACCCAAACACAGCAGAUGUUGAGCUCACGCUGUCUGAAGAUCUGACCUCUGGUACCUGGAGUAAUGAGAUACAAGAAUAUCCCAAUAACUCAGAGAGAAUUACAUUGGGCGGUGUGCUGGGAUCUGAGGGAUUCAGCUCAGAGAAACACUGCUGGGAUGUGGAUGUAGGGGAUGGAGUUACCUGGGUUCUGGGUGUGGUUAAAGAAUCCAUCAACAGGAAAGGAAAUAUGGCACUCUCUCCAGAGGCAGGAGUAUGGAUCAUAAAGCAUGAUAAAAGUCAAUUAUCAGCAAUAACUUCACCACCAACCCUUCUGUCUGUGGGGAGGAAACCCCAGAGGAUCAGAGUGCAGCUGGACUGGGACGGGGGAGAGCUGUCAUUCUCUGAUCCCUGUAACAACACUCCUCUCUACACCUUUAAACACACUUUCACUGAGAGGCUGUUUCCAGUCUUCUACGCAGAGGAGGUUCCUCUGAAAAUCUGCCCAGUGGAUGUUUCCAUUACAGUGGCAGCAGUAAAUUUCCCAGAAAUAAAUCCUAAAAACAAAUAUUUCGUUUCAAUAAACAUGCCUCGUUUCUUUUCAGAAAGCUGAUUUAUGUUUAAUUUUUAAGCCAGAAUUUUCUGUUCAAUUCAAAAUCAUAUUUAGCUCUUGUUCAGGAAGCAAAUGCAUGUUUAAUUUGUUCCUGUUUUAGUGGAGAUGAGAUUAACUUCUUUUCAGAGUAGAGCUGGACUGGGGCUGUCAUAUUUCUGCCAGUUAAUUUCCCAGGGUCUCUGAUCCAGUACAGGGUGACUGUAAGUUUGCAGCCCAUCCUAGGAAGCCCUGAGCACAGAGCAGGGGACAGACUCACACACUAGGGGGCAGCAUAGAGACACUGAGUCACCUAACUGCAUGUAUUUGGGCUUUAGGAGGAAGCCAGUGGAAAUGCAGAGUCAGAGGCGACACCCAUUUAACAGCAUCUCUGCAGGGACAAAAUAAUCAUAAAUAAAUGUUACCGCAGUGCUGGGGCUGUCUUGCUUUAAAAUGGGAUGUUUUGGUUUAAAAUGUAGGUUUUGUUCAUGUAUCUAAUACCGUAACUGAUCAGGAAGGGAAUGCAGCUGAGGGAAUGUGCACUUUGCAGCAUGGAGGCCAAUAAAAGCUUCAUUCACAUCCUCUAA